UGUGGGAACGCUCGUCCCUUCGACGCACCACCGGGAUUCCUGGCGUCGCCAUGGGUCGCCGGCCUGCUCGCUGUUACCGGUACUGCAAGAACAAGCCGUACCCCAAAUCUCGUUUUUGCCGAGGUGUUCCCGAUGCCAAGAUCCGCAUCUUCGACCUGGGUAGGAAGAAGGCAAAGGUGGACGAGUUCCCGCUGUGUGGCCACAUGGUGUCUGAUGAAUACGAGCAGCUUUCCUCGGAAGCCCUGGAGGCCGCCCGUAUUUGUGCAAACAAGUACAUGGUGAAAAGUUGCGGCAAAGACGGCUUUCACAUCCGAGUGCGGCUCCACCCCUUCCACGUCAUCCGCAUCAACAAGAUGUUGUCCUGCGCUGGGGCUGACAGGCUCCAGACCGGGAUGCGAGGUGCCUUCGGAAAGCCCCAGGGUACUGUGGCCAGGGUCCACAUCGGCCAAGUCAUCAUGUCCAUCCGCACCAAGCUUCAGAACAAGGAGCAUGUGAUCGAAGCCUUACGCAGGGCCAAGUUCAAGUUCCCUGGAUGCCAGAAGAUCCAUAUCUCCAAGAAGUGGGGCUUUACCAAGUUUAAUGCUGAUGAAUUUGAAGACAAAGUGGCUGCGAAGCGCCUCAUCCCUGAUGGUUGUGGAGUCAAAUACAUCCCCAAUCGUGGCCCAUUGGACAAGUGGCGAGCUCUGCACUCAUGAGGGCUUUGGCAGUACUGCCUCCUUGGACCAUGCCAGUCUGACUUACGCUCACCAAGAAAUUGUAUUUACUG